CGGAGGACAGAACGACAGUUACGCUAGAGUCAUGACACGAGUCGUACGCACUUUAAGCUAUCGACGCUCGAUGAAACGAAAGUUCAAAUAAAUCUAAGUUCAGUUUACACUCUCUGAGUUCGUCAUUCCUGUCACCUUUCCUCACUCCCAAAGUGGUGACCCCCGACGUGAUCUCGCAAGUGCGAAGGACGCUAGAAUUUCGAAACCGGAGACGUAGACAAGGAGGCAUCGUGACACGCAUUACCAAUGGCAAACGCAGCAGCUGACAAAAUGACGGACGCGAAUUCCGGAACGACUACAUCAACCACCGGAGUGACAGAGCCAGAAGCGCGCGUGCGUAGCCAACACUGUAGUUUAGCCGUUGACUGUAGUACAGGCCCAUAAGGCCUAAUGAGUAAGAGAGCGACGCGGCUAAGCUGAAGUGCGGAGGGAGAUGGAGUAAAGACCCUGUGUGGGAGAAAGCUGUGACGCUUUCUUCUAACUUGCCUCCCCCGACUAAUUCAUUCCAGUGUAUACGCUCCUCAAGGAAGGACGUUUUUCUUUUAUUUUUGAGUACCGCAUUGAGUUUAGUUUGGAGUUCGAUAGCAGAGUUUCUAUCUGAGUUUUGUUCAAUGUUAUAGUCAAAGUUUUAGUCAAAGUUAUACGUCAAACACUGUGUAUUGGAAGUUUUUUCAAGUUACGAAAAUAAAGCCAUAGAAAGAAGGUCCACUGUAUUGAAUUUUUGAUUAAUUUGACGUCUAAUCUAAUUGCUCUGCCAAAGCCAAGGGCAACUGAUUUUCAACGAGUCAUUCGAAUUUGCGAAUAUUUUGAUAUUGUUUUGAAUCACGUCAAUUUUUCAAACCCCAACAGUCUACAGAACAAAAAAAGAACAAAAACAAAAAAAAAAAGAAAAGAAACAACAUGGAGUCAAGACCAAGAACCACCAUAUCAAUGUUUUGUGAUGUAGACAUCCCAUUAUCUAACACAGUGAAAGAAUUCGAGAAAAUAGGAGAACCUCAAAACGCCUACGUGGAAAAAACACAAAUACGAACGAGAAACCAAGAAGAUCACAAUAUCAUUUAGCUCAGAAAGAGAAACACAGAGAGCAUACGAACUCAGAUCAUUAUUAGCAAAACAACAAAUUGAAAAGAAACAGCAGAAGAACAGCACCGUAUCAGGGACCCGCAACGACUUCAAAUUAUAAAGUGCCAAUAGGAGAAUUGAUCGAUCUUACCCCGAAUGAAGAACCAACAGUUAGAUUUGAAAUCCGUGUAGUAAACCGACAAGCACCAACACGGCCAAUCAGGAACAGGUUGUUUUGCCUACUUCCUUGGGAUGGAAAUGACAGAGUAAAGAACGAGAUGUUCUUUAGACAAUUUGCGCAAUUCGGAACCCUAGCUUACGACGAGACAGUCAGAGACAGAAAGAAAAGGACGCCUAACGUAUGGAUAUGUGCAGUAUUUCACAGAAGAAGAGGUCAGAAUAGCCAAAGAGGAGAGUGACCCGAUAUACAAAGCUACGUUUGCAGAACCAAGAAUAUAUCCACGUGUAGCACAAGGAAAUACGACUGCCAAAUUCCAUGAAAAAUGCAAGAAAAUGAUAGAAGUAGAAAUAUACAGUUUACACGAUGUAACUUGCAAGAAACAAGCAAAGUGGUCUCAAGAACAAGCCGAUGAAGCCCCUCUAGACAAGCUACAACCCUUACAAGAAACCAUAUUGGAGCUGAAAGAAAAAAUAGACAGGCUGGAGAGCCAAAAAAAAAGCCGAAGACAGAGAGGAAAAUCCUGUUACCAGCAACCCAAUACAAAAUGCCAGAGUAAAUUCCCAGAACCAACAUAAAUCCGAAACACCCGAGACUCUUAAAGCAAUAGAUGAUGACAAACUAUAGCGACAUGGUUAUAGAUUAGGAAAAAGAUGGACCAAAUCUUCCAGACCAUAAUCGAGCCAGUCGAGCUUGAUGAGAGGUCAGGACACGUCACCAUCCGUUUUAGCCCACCAUGGAAACUACCUGUUGUUAUGACAUUAUUAAGUACGGACCAAACAACAUUAAGAGCUUCAAGAUCCUGAAUCAAGGAGCCGACGAUGCCACGGCUCCAUUGACAAUCACGUAUAGGACCAGCACAGGCACGACACAAUUACUACGUGACUACGAACUAACCAGACAGGUAGACCAACGGACAAACACUGUAGAGACAUACGAACCGACAAACAACCCAGAGACGGACAAUAAUACUGACGCUUCCGAAAAUUCUACUAACUCAAACGCCACUGUCAACAACGACAAUAUUGACGAUGCAAACAACGCUCCCAAUGACAAUAGCGACGCUCAAAGACCCGACAACAAUAACGACAACGCUGACAACAAUAAAAAUCCCAAUAAUAAUAAUGAUGUACCAGCAAAUGACGAUAAUGACUCUCCUCAACAGAAUGACAAUAAUUCAGCUGACAACAUCGAAGCUUACACCAUCAAUGAACCAAACAUAACCCUACGCCAUACAUACAGCCCACAAGACCAUGUACAACUGGUAAAAGUAAAUUAAAUAGACGCUUACACAGUGACAGACACAUACAAAGGCACGAAAAUAGAGAAUCAAAAAAAGACAGUAGAAUAUGUGCAAUCAAAACAUACCAUAUGCAUACGAAUACCCACACACGUGACAAGAGAACAAUUGACAGUAACGUUCCAACAAUUCGGAAACAUACUAGACAUAAGAGGCCUGAACCCCAAAGACGAACAAAACGAAAGAUGCACUGCCUUCAUCGAGUAUGAAGAACAAGACAGCGCGGAUAAGGCUGUGGAUAAAACUCGCAUAACGCAUUCAACAAGACCAGUAUAUAACAAACUAUACAUAUCAACGCGAUCCACAGAACAGCAAAACACAAAAAAGGAACAACAAGUUGGACUGUCGACCCCGGCAACAACACCAAAUUAUACAUAAUAGCAUCGAAAGGCACGACGCAGCAACAAUUUGAAACAGACUUCACAAUAUACGGAGAGACAGUGAGCAUUGAACUGAUGGACGGCACUACAGAAGAAAAAGUAGGAUACAUAGUAUACAAGUACAAAAUUGACGCUUUUGACGCCAAACUAAAUGGACCGACAAAAUACAAAAUAAACUGGAAAAGGACACCACAGACAGACGAAACAUUGAUCCAUUUUCUAUGUGGAAACCUGGUACCAAGACAAAGCUUCGACGACCAUGUACAGCAUUGCAAAAUACACAACUUAAGACAAAAAGUACUAAACGAAAA